GUCAUUAUUGUUCAACCGGUGCGCAACAUACAAAAAAUAUAUUUUGCAAUCUAAGAAUCAAAAUUUUUAUCGUGUAGUUGUGUUUACAAGUAUUGUUAACUCGCUCCAACGAUUAAGAAAGACAUAACUUAUCACUUUGACCUUCGAGUGUUGUGCAUAGUAUUUCGUUUAGACCAAAGUCGUGACUCCCCAGUAACAGGUCGAAAUUAGUCUCAAAGAACAAAAUGAGUGGAGAAGUCCAAAAAAUAUUAAAAAAUGCGGAUUGCGUCUGUUUCGAUGUCGACUCGACCGUAAUCCAGGAAGAAGGGAUCGACGAACUCGCCAAGUUUUGCAACAAGGGCGCUGAAGUUGCAAAUUUAACGGCCAAAGCAAUGACAGGAACGAUGACCUUUCAAGAAUCGCUUAAGCUGCGCCUGGAUAUUAUACAACCAACAUUGACGCAAAUCCGGGAUUUUUUGAAAACCAAACCACCCACUUUGACUCCGGGGGUCAAGAAUUUGAUAAACUUGUUGCACAGUCGUAAAAUUCCAGUUUAUUUAAUUUCUGGUGGUUUUAAAUGUAUUAUUGCACCAAUUGCGGCACAGUUGAACAUUCCCUACGACCACAUUUAUGCCAAUCGGCUGAAAUUUUACUACUCAGGGGAACAUGCCGGGUUUGAUGAAAAUGCUCCAACUUCAAGAAGUGGUGGCAAAGCCGUUGUUAUCGACUUUUUGAAAAAACAACACAAUUAUAAAAAUGUUAUACUGAUAGGUGAUGGGGCUACCGAUUUAGAAGCGUCUCCCCCAGCUGAUGGUUUUAUCGGGUACGGUGGAAAUGUCAUAAGACCGACGGUUCAAGCGAAAGCAAAAUGGUUCGUAACCGAUUUUAACGAAGUUAUAGACGUUUUAAAUCAAUGAUUGUAAAAAAUGUUUAAGUUUAGCGCUGCGGGUCACUGCCACCUGUUACAUUACGCAAUAAAAAUUCCCUAACAUG